AGAGGGUGGGUGCUUGGUGCCCUGUGAGUCACCGUGCACCGACAACGCCCCCGCCUAUGCCGCUGCUGUGUAAGUGCCCCUAUUGUGAGCAGAACAUUUUGCCUGAUCCUGAUCUUGGAAAAGAACCAUCGGAUCUUCCCUUUGGCGGUGUCGAAUACCGUUGCCCAAGAUGUACCAAUCGUAUCAGGGUGAUCCGCUGGUCUGAGAUGCGAUGUGAGCAGCUGGCCUCAGGCAUCAACACCUGCGGCAGCGUGGUGGUCUUCGCGGCCGCAGCCACUGGUGGUCCCAUCCCAGCAGUGGUGGCGCCGGCGGUGUGUGCUUGGGGCGCUGCAGAGGACAUCGUUUUGGGCCACUACAGGGAGGAUUCCUGGCGACGCAACUCCGGACUCAUCGGCCUGGCUGGCUCAGGUCUGGGGGUCCUUAGCGAGGCUCAGGCUGUUGCUUGUGCAGAGCAUGUUCCUGCAGCCAGCUCUGGAUAUAUCGCCGGAGGCAUCGAGCGACUGAAGCGAGGCUUAGGGUUCUCCAAGUCUGCCAUCGACGCUGGCCGCGCAGCGCGUGCGCCGCCACCUGCGCCGGUGCUGCGGAUGCGAGCAGCAGCCUAUGCCGGGGGACAGUUCAUUCGCUCCAUGGCCGCAACGGCAGUGGGCUGGUGUCCACGGGAAGAGGCCCUCGAGGUGCAGGAGGUGGAGAUGAAGGUCUUUAAUUUCAAGAACUUGGAGGAUCUGGAGCAUCUGGAGCCUACCCGGCAAUUCGAUGAGGAAGUUGAAGAGGUGGAGGGGUGGCUUCUCCUUCCAGAGGAUUCGGAAGCAUUGGUGAGGCAGGAAUUUGCUGAUGUCCUCCGCAUGUCAGGAGAGCUACCCCUGAACUGCUGGGCUCUAGCGGUGUAGAGGCCGCCGAUUUGCAUAGUAUUGCAUAGCACGGAAUACCAGCUGCGCCACCUGCACAGCUGGCAUGUCUCUGUGUGGAAAUCGCAAAAAAAGGCUCCGUGCU